GCGGCGCGGGUGUCCCCGCGGCGGGAGCGCGGCGGCGCGGGGCUGUAUGGACGUGAUGUCCCCGCAACAGGAGCACCUCGGCCCGGCCCGCUCGUCCUCGGUGAGCGGCGAGAGCAGGGGCUUCGCCGCCGCCGACAGCAAGAAGAAGAUGAAGAGUUUGGCCCAAAGACGCCAGUCUGCACCAUCUUUGGUCUUUGUCAAAGCACUCAGCAGAUCUAGAUCGGCCUCAAGGGAAGGCUGCUUGUCCCCCAUCAGCCCAGAGUCAUGGCCCCUCGUGCAGUCUUUCAUAUGCCACAACCGCAUGCUCAUCCUGGAUGGCCACGUGCAGCUGAAGACGAGUCUGCAGACCCAGGAGCGACACCUUUUCCUCUUCACAGACCUUCUGGUUGUUGCCAAGUCCAAGUCACACUCUCAUUUCAAACUGAAGUGCCAAGCACGUCUCUGUGAGAUGUGGACAGCAUUUUGUACGGAAGAAGUGUGUGAAGGCAGCACAGACCCAGACCGGUCCUUUGUUUUGGGCUGGCCCACCACAAACUGUGUGGCAAACUUCAGGUCUGCAGAACAAAAGGAAACAUGGCUGUCUGUUUUGCAAAGUCGGAUAAGAGAAGAGAAGGAAAAAGACAAUCCUAAAAGCAUUCGUCUGACGAUAAUUGCAAAGGACGUGGGAACUUGUGCAUAUUCAAAAACCCUAAGUGUAACCAAUGUUGAUACAGCAAAUGAUGUAAUUCUGAUGGCCCUGCAGCAGCUGGGAAUUAAUGGCUCUGAAAAAGACUACAAGCUGUGGGUGAUUUCAGGAAGAGAACAUGCUCCUUACCCUCUUAUUGGACAUGAAUAUCCCUUUGGAAUUACAAUGAGCCACAUUCGUGACGCUAUGCCCCACGGAUCAAAGCACUGUGCCUGCCCCAGGCAGCUUCAGGGCCCUUUCUUGACGGAGCAGCUGCCCCAGGAGCUGCAGUGCCAGUUUGUGCUGAAGCCCAGCCAGGUGGCCGUGUGCCAGCAGCUGAACGACUUAAGCCAAAAGUCAUUUAAAAGGAAAAGAUCUAUCAUAAAUUGGGCUUUUUGGCGUGGCCCAGGCACUCACUUGGACAAUGCACCCCUCUCCUCAACAUCUGCUGCUCCUGGGAAGCUCUUUGGCCUCUUACUAACAACCAUCUGUGAGGAUGACAACCUGCCCAAACCCCUCUUGGACAUGCUUUCCCUCCUUUACCAAGAGGGGCCUUCCACCAAAGGUAUUUUCAGACGCUCCGGAAGUGCAAAAACGUUCAAAGAGCUAAAGGAGAAGCUUGAUUCAGGCACUGAAGUGGACCUGGCCCAUGAAUCCAUAUUUGUGACAGCAUCUUUGUUUAAGGAUUUUCUUCGCAACAUCCCAGGCAGUAUUUUAUCAUCCCAUCUGUGUGAUAAGUGGGUCUCUGUGCUGGAUCAAGGAAACAAUGAGGAGAAGAUAAAAAGCAUCCAAAGGUUACUAGAGCAUCUCCCGAGAGCUAAUGUUGUUCUCUUGCGUUACAUCUUUGGAGUACUGCAUGGAAUAGAAAUGCGAUCUGAGGAGAACCAGAUGAAUGCCUUUAAUCUAGCUGUCUGCAUUGCACCUAGCCUGCUCUGGCCUCCUGUAUCCUCCACUCCUGAUAUAGAAAGUGAAUUUAUUAAAAAGAUUUCUAGUCUGGUACAGUUCCUCAUUGAGAAUUGCUGCAGGAUUUUUGGAGAUGAAAUUACCUCCCUCUUUGGAGAAAUACUGAUGACAUGCAAGAGAGAGAACAGCUCAGAUGUUGCUUCUCUCCAUCAGAAUGACUCUUCCUAUGAUAGCCUGGAAAAUGAGGCAAAUGAUGAAGCUGACUCUUCCUCCAGUGACUGGAUUAAAACCCGUGAUCAGGAUUACAGAAGCAGGGAGUCUGUCUUCACUCUGAGCGAUGGCGAUUCGGAGCAGACAGAGGUGGAUGAAAUCCAAAGCCAAACCAAACUGAAGCAGUUGGAAAUUUCUGACGACGCACACCCGAAGUUUUCCCUGCAAGAAAACUCAAACGAGUCUCGCUACUCCAGUGGUUUCCCCUCAGCAGCUACCUCGGGUGCUCCCAAGACUGUGAGGAGGCACCGGCGCUCCUCCGAGCCUGCGGUUGGCCUGCAGAGCUCCAGCUCCGCCCGCGCCGCUGCCGGGCGCGAGAAGGCAACGCGCAAAGCCAGCUGUGACGUUGUGCUGUCCCACGGAGAUGAAGAGUGUCUCUGCCAGCACCAGUCAUUGCAGGUGGAAAGGCAAAAGCUCAGCAAUCAGAGCUUGCUUGUAGGGAUUGACGUUGGUAAAAGUGACAGCACAAACAAAAACGUUGAAAGGAAAGACCUGUUUCAUUGUCUCCUGCCUCCAACGCCAGAGGGAUUAAAUACUUGCUCAGGAUUUAGCUCUUUUAGCCAGUCUUCUUCUGGGACAUCUCCAUCUGUGUCAUCAAUUUGCUCCCUGGACAGUGCUUUCUCCCAGUUUUCAGACCAGGCUCUGUUUACCUUAAGUGAAACCUCCUCCCCUUUCGAUAGCGCUUUCCAGUUGCUAAAGAAACACGAGGACGCUGCUGCUGCUGUGGCUGAUGACUGUUUUCUGCCACCCACCGCAGUGCCACCAUCUCCACAACCUACUGACACUGGGGCUGAGAGGGGCUUGGUGGGGCCCAGCAGCAGGUCAGCACCCCUGAAACCUACUGAUGGAGUCGAUGGCUGUUUCAUUAAUCCUGACCUUCAGCCAUUGCCUCUGAAAGUCACUGGGAGAGAUGGACUUCACGAUCAAAGAGGUGGUCUAGAAAGGCAUUACAGCAAUCCAAAGUUUGAAGAGACUGACCAAAGCUUUUUGCAGAGGAAUCUUAGUGCUUAA